GUUCUCAAAAUUCGCACAAUUAUAUGCGCGUGAAUCGCUCUUAGCAGAGAGUUUUCAUAUUCAGCAAUUAAUAAUGCAUGUUCGAGAACAGAUGCGCGUGCAGGAUGAUGCGCUGGGACCACCUGUUUUCACACGUGCGUGUAUCCUCUCAGGGUUGUAAAUAAUUUGACUCCCGUGGAAUUUGUUUAAAAUACGCCUAUAGAACAGAAAGUAAACUUAAUCGAACACGUUCGUUGAUUUUCAUCUGGAGGAUAUAAUGUGUUACGUCAUCGUCACAUGUCGUUCUUUAGGCUGGACGCUUUUAAGUGUCACUGUUACCUUGGCAACUGUCGCCGCUGUUAUCUCGCCACACUGGAUGAUCGGAACCCCUCGAGAAACUGCCAUAAAAUUGAUGAAUGCUUCAGAAGAUUUUAUGGACUCUGAAACUUUCAGACCAACGCUAGGAAUAUUUAAUAGAUGUACAAAACUUCAGUUAGACUUUCAAAUAGCCAAAGUCAGGGAUAAUUGUGCCACAUUCGUUGUGUCGUUUUCUGCAGCGGACGAUUUUUUCCCGCAUGCGUGGAAAGCAUGUGUGAUAUUGUUCGGUAUUGCCGGAACCCUUCUGCUCUUUUCCAUGUUGUGUUCUGUAAUGAGUUUGUUUGUCCGAUCAAUUUGUGGAAAAAGUAUAUUUACAGUUGCAGGAUUUAUACAAAGUAUUGGAGGUCUAUUUUCAGUGAUCGCUCUGGUCAUAUACCCCACUGGUUGGGGCACCAAAAGGGUGCGGGACCUUUGUGGUGAAUAUGCUGAGCCUUACGUUAUAGAUAACUGUACAAUAGGUUGGUCUUACUACCUCGGAAUUGCGGCCACAGUACUCGUGUUUGUAGCAGCGGUUUUGUCUGUUCCCGCCGACAGAUCCACAACAAGCAGGAAAGUAGAGGAGGAAAUGCUGGAAGGAAAAAAUCUCAUUUGUGUAUUGUGACAUGACUUCCUGAACCCAAUAUUUGAAACACCUCGGCUUGUUUCUGAAGAAACAUUUCCUUGUAUUAACUUGUGCGUCCGAUUGUUUUGUGCUGAUGAAAAAUGCUGGUAAAUGAGAUUAAUUAUGGCAUUUUUUAAAAAUACCAAUUUCAGGGUUUCAAAUAUUCUUUGGUAAAAUAUGUUAAGAUUUUUUGGAGUUUCACUAUGAAGCUAUUACAAUGGAAAUAUUUUGCCAAAUGAAAUAACACAAAGGUGUAAAUUUUAAUAGAACAUGUUCAUCUAUUGUUGAUCUAUAAUUUGUCAGUCGUGAAGUAUACUAACUCUAGUCUCCAAGGAUUAUAUGAUAUAAAGUUACAAAUGAGAAACCAAAGAUAUGUAUGUAUAUCCGGAAUAUACGUGUACUCAAAACCGACUACUGAACAUCGAGAUGAUCUGCAUGUUCUCUAGUGUUGCCAGCAGGAAAAAUACGAUUCUUUAACUACUUUAAAAAAAAUCCUCAGCGAAGUUUUUUUUUUCUAGUUGCACGUGUGCUUGUGUAUUUUUAUACCUUUGUAACUUACCCAAAAACGAUCAAUAAAUGCAAGUUGAAUUUUGAA